AAUAAAUUUGGCUCCUUUAUAAAUAUCACCUUUUUUCUUAUAGCUGUUACAUAGUGUGUUAAGCCUCGCCGACUCGGUUGCUAUCAGCGAGUGAGAGUGAGUGAGUGGUUCUCUUGCAGCAACAAGGUUUAGUGACACCAAACAGACUGGAAAUGGGUCGUGGGGUCAGUGCUGGUGGUGGACAGAGUUCCUUGGAUUAUCUCUUUGGCAGUGGGGUACCUGCCAGCAGUGCAAAUGGUGCUCGCACUCAAAAUGCAAGUGCUCCUUCACCACCGGUUGAUAAGCAAAGUCCAGCACCAGCAGCAGCAGCAGCACCUGCACCUGCAGCAGCAGCAGCACCAGCACCUGCACCAGCACCAGCACCAGCACCAGCUGAUAAGCAAAUUCCAGCUGGAAUUCCUGGAAGUCUCAAAAACAAUUACCAUCGCGCUGAUGGGCAAAACUGUGGCAACUUUCUCACUGAUCGGCCAUCUACCAAGGUUCAUGCUGCCCCGGGUGGUGGAUCUUCCUUGCAUUACCUCUUUGGUGGUCCUCCAGGGAACUGAUUCAUACCUACCAUGUGAUGUAUCAUGUGUAAAAUGGAUAGUGUUGCAUUGUGUUUAGACCAGUGGACUUUGUUUCUUGUUCAAUUGAAUCUCUUGACAAUGUUGGUGUGGCUUGAUGGCCAAACUAAGCUGAUUCAUAGGUUUGUUGUUCUGUGUUAUUGUGUGGGUUUCGAUUAAUGAAAUUUACUGUGCGAAUGAGCUAAAGUGGCUCAUAAAUGUUCUCUUAUCUUUAUUAUUGUGUUCAUUUCAUGAUGCUGACUUUAUUGAAAUGACCCUGGGGAUCAUAUAUAGCAUUGGUCUUGUUCCAUGUGAUGGAAUUAUUAAGUAAAGCAGCAUUGGUCUUGUUAGUUUUCUUUGUUUCUAGAAAUGUACGAGAGUAUUUGGUUUUUACUCAUUUCUACUUCUCAAUGCAAUUAUUAAGUAAAGCAGCAUUGGUCU